GAUGCCCCGCAGCCCCGGGACGCGCCUCAAACCCGCCAAAUACAUCCCGGUGGCCACGGCCGCCGCGCUGCUGGUCGGCUCCAGCACCUUGUUCUUCGUGUUCACGUGCCCGUGGCUGACACAUGCCGUGUCCCCAGCAGUCCCUGUCUACAAUGGCAUCAUCUUCCUCUUUGUCCUGGCCAAUUUCAGCAUGGCCACCUUCAUGGACCCUGGAGUCUUCCCACGAGCGGACGAGGACGAGGACAAGGAGGACGACUUCCGGGCACCCCUGUACAAGAACGUGGAUGUGAGGGGCAUCCAGGUCCGCAUGAAGUGGUGUGCCACGUGCCACUUCUACCGUCCACCCCGCUGCUCCCACUGCAGCGUCUGCGACAACUGCGUGGAGGACUUUGACCACCACUGCCCCUGGGUCAACAACUGCAUCGGCCGCCGCAACUACCGCUACUUCUUCCUGUUCCUGCUGUCGCUCAGCGCACACAUGGUGGGCGUGGUGGCCUUCGGUCUGGUCUACGUGCUGAACCACGCUGAGGGCCUGGGCGCGGCCCACACCACCAUCACAAUGGUGGUCAUGUGUGUGGCUGGCCUCUUCUUCAUCCCUGUCAUUGGCCUCACCGGCUUCCACGUGGUGCUGGUCACGCGGGGGCGCACCACCAAUGAGCAGGUGACAGGGAAGUUCCGUGGGGGUGUGAACCCCUUCACCCGAGGCUGCUACGGGAACGUGGAGCACGUGCUUUGCAGCCCUCUGGCUCCCCGGUACGUGGUGGAGCCACCCCGCCUGCCACUUGCCAUCAGCCUGAAGCCGCCCUUCCUGCGACCAGAGCUCCUGGAGCGAGGCGCCCCGCUCAAGGUCAAGCUCAGUGACAAUGGGCUCAAGGCCAGCCUGGGCCACAGCAAGUCCAAGGGUAGCCUAGACCAACUGGACGAGAAGCCGAUGGACCUGGGGCCACCCCUUCCCCCAAAGGUGGAGGCCGGCACCUUCAGCAGUGACCUGCAGACGCCGCGCCGGGGCAGUGCCGAGAGUGCCCUAUCUGUCCAGAGGACCAGUCCCCCGACACCCGCCAUGUACAAGUUCCGGCCUGCCUUCUCCACAGGUCCCAAGCCGCCCUUCUGUGGCCAGGCAGAGCAGGUCCAAGGCCCAGACUCCCUGACGCUGGGGGAUGACAGCAUCCACAGCCUGGACUUCACAUCUGAGCCCAGCCUGGACCUCUCCGACUACCCACCGGGGGGCCUGCACGCGGCCUACCCGCCGUCCCCUCCGCUCAGCGCCGCCGAUGCCUUCUCGGGCGCCCUGCGCACCCUGAGCCUCAAGGCUGCAGGCCGGCGUGGCGGGGACCACGUGGCCCUGCAGCCCCUGCGGGCCGAGGGCGGGCCUCCCACCCCCCACCGCACCCUCUUCACCCCGCACGCGCUGCCCAACCGCAACGGCAGCCUGUCCUACGACAGCCUCCUGAACCCCGGCUCGCCCGGGGGCCACACGUGCCCAGCCCACCCCUCGGCCGGGGUCGCUGGCUACCGUUCACCCUACCUGCACCCCGGAGCAGCGGCCGAGCCGCCUCGGCCCCCACCCCGCAGUUUCAGCCCCGUCCUUGGCCCGCGGCCGCGGGAGCCCUCGCCCGUGCGCUACGACAACCUGUCGCGGACCAUCAUGGCAUCCAUCCAGGAGCACAAGGACAGGGAGGAGCGCGAGAGGCUGCUGCGCUCCCAGGCCGACUCGCUUUUUGGCGACUCGGGGGUCUACGACGCCCCCAGCUCCUACAGCCUGCAGCAGGCCAGCACGCUCUCUGAGGGGCCCCGUGGCCCCCCGAUGCGCUACAGCUCACGGGACAACCUCGUGUCAGGGCCCGGCUUUGGGGGCGCCCGCAACCCCGCCCUGCAGACCUCCAUGUCCUCGCUGUCCAGCUCGGUGAGCCGGGCCCCGAGGACGUCCUCCUCCUCCCUGCAGGCCGACCUGGCCAACAGCCACGCCCCGGGACCCCGGCCGGCCAGCGGCCCCCACCGGUCGCCGGCUCGCCACGGGCCACCCUCCCCGCCCAGCACCCCGCGCUCGCCCUCCUAUGCAGGCUCCAAAGCUGUGUCCUUCAUCCACACGGAUCUCCCCGAGCCACCGCCCGCGCUGGCUGUGCAGAGGGACCACCCUCAGCUGAAGAACCCCCCAAGUAAGCUUAACGGUCAGUCCCCAGGCCUGGCCCGCCUGGGGACGGCUGCCGGCCCCCCAGGGCCCUCCGCCAGCCCCAUCCGGCACACGCUCGUUAAGAAGGUGUCCGGCGUGGGUGGGACCACGUAUGAGAUCUCAGUGUGA